UAGAAAAUUCCAAUGCCAAUCACAACAAAUUGGAAUUGGAUUGAAAAAUUCUAACGUAUUAUAAUAAUGAUUGCUAAGAAAUGUUAGUGUUUUUCUUCCUUACAUUCACCUUUCAAAGAAUAAAUACAGUAUAUCUCUAUGACUAUGAGCAGUCCACAUCCCGCUCGUUUGCUAUGGACGACUUUGACUUCGAACCGAUGGUGCCUCUCGCCAAAGACAGGGAAAAGCUGACAGUGACAAAGAACAUCAACUGCGACGACUUCUCGAGAUAUGCUCUCAACUGUACUAUGGAAGCCGCUGUAAUUUAUAAUUCUAGCAAGAAAUCACCCCCCAUGCCAGCUAAAAUUGGAGACUGGUGCAAAGCCAUUAGACACCUAACGAGCUGUGCUAUAGACUGGAACUCGGAUUGCAAAGAUGUCACCGAAAGCCAUUUCAAUGAGGAAAGUAUCAAGGGCCAUAUGCACGUUGUAACCAACGUGUGUGAUGACGAGUGGUUUCUCACGCAAUAUGACAACCUGCCCAGUUGUAUAGAAAAAUCAUCCGACUCCUGGGAGACGUGUUAUACAGAAUUCAAAAACGUUGUGGACGCGCACAAGAAUACCACACACGAGUGGACGCAUUUUGAAACUCACUUCUUUCUUUGUUGCGCUCGAGCCCAAUUCCGAAGAUGCACGCUGGACGCCCUUUUCAAGUCCUCGUCGAAGUGCCAACACGAGCAAGCGGUCACGAUGCAGAAAUUCUCAGUGAUAGUUUCAGAAGGUGACGUGUUUCAGGAUUGCGACACGAAUAUGCUGUACGCCAACUGUCCCGGCGGUGACCCUCGACCUUCGGGAAACCAGCUCGAGAAACUAAUGAAUGCUAACGCUUUUUACAACGAAGCGCAGACGUUACAAAAUUUGAAUGUGUUCUUGUUUUGUUUAGUAAACGCGUUUCUAUGAGA